AUGUGGAUCCUUGACUCAGAAGGCAGGCGCGUGUGGCUCCGACCUGGGAAGAAGUACCUUAUCGGUCGUGUCAAAAAGGACGGAGUUCGACACGUUAUCAAUGCGAAAUCCGUCUCACGAAAACACUUGGUGAUUGAGGUAUCACCUGUCGAAGCCGGGGACGGAGGCAAAAUCCACAGAAGAUCCGAAGUCUCUAUUACCGACCAGGCUACACAGAAUGGCACGUUUCUGGAUGGCGAGCGUAUACCGCGGGAUGAAAGCCAGAAGUUGACCGGUGAAGAGCAUGAGAUCCAACUGGGAAGUCACGAUUCGUUACUGCGGAUAAAAUGGGAACCGAUCGUGCUAAGCUUCUCCUUUUCUUUGAAAGGAUCAAAGGCAAAGAAGGCCUUAACGACGGUCCGCUCUAAACUUGAAGAUCUCGACAUCAAAACCACCGACGAAUACUUGAACGUCACCACCCACGUCGUCCAAACAAAGAGAAAUACUGCCAAAGGAUUACAAGCGCUGGUCAAUGGGAAGUACAUUGUGAAGGAGGAAUACGUCGACGCCGUGGUUUAUGCGGCAACCCCCAUUGAUCUCGAAAAUCUUGAGAGUCUCUCCCCGUUGGAGACUGAUUUUGACGCCGCAUGGCCAGAUGCAACAAAAUACCUGCCUCCUCCUGGGAGAGAGGCUCAUAAUUACUCAGACGAAGCAUUUGCGCCCAACCCCGAGCGGAACCACGUUUUCGACGGCUACACAUUUGUUUUUGGCGAAAGGGCCCAGUAUGAUAAUCUGCAAGGGCCCAUCACAAAUGGUCAUGGUAAAGCCUUAUUUUACGAAAUCAAAGAUGGUAUCACUACCGCAGAUGAGGUAGUCCAGUUCAUGACCAAUGCGGCAGGUCUAAAGGGCCUAGGCCCCGACAGAGACGGUCCCGGGGGAGUGGUUCAUGUGCGAUAUCGAUCAAAGACCCAGGAGCCAUGGUCGAUAGAGCUAAGCAAUCAGAUCGCAGUUUUGACUGAUCAGCGCGUCAUCGAGCAGAACGAGUUCAUAAACGCAAUUCUCGGCAACGAUGCUUCCAUCCUUUGUCGACGAUUGCGCCGAGUGGUAGAUCUUAGUCCACCACCGCCGGAGCCUUCAUCUGCUCCUCCGCCCUCCAGUCAAGAUGUGCAAGUCGUUGCAGACUCUCAGCCUGCCAAUGAUGUGAGUCCGGCGUCGAAGAAGACCAGGGGUGCUAGAGUACGCAAAUACGUCAGCAAGAUGAAGACGUUCGAUGACGGAUUCGACAUCAACUCCAUCCCGGCGUAUGCUCCAGAGGUAGAGGACUCGAUGGGAUCACCACCUCCGAUGCCGAUGGAAGCUUCCAAUGAGUUUCAAACCCAACAGCUGGACAGCAUUGAAGAAGAGGAGGACCUGGUUUCCAGCUUGCUACCGGGUGCCACUGCGAUGAAACGGCGGCGGGCAGAGACAUCACAGCGGAGUCCGGAAGAGUCUAGUUCUCGUCCAAAGCCAGAGGAGGUGCACCGACCGAAGCGGCAAAAGCUUGAUGUGCUAGAAGCGGCCCGACAACAUCGUGAAGCAGAGGAGGAUGCUGCCCGUCAGCGACGCCAACAAGAGGAGGAACUUCUCCAAAGCUCACUCAGAGAUGUGGCCGUGGAGCAGCUGAAAGGCCUUGCAAUUGUGGAGGAAAUGGAAAUACCAGCUCGGAGGAACGACGACAACAAGAGUGAUCGAUGGGAUGAACGGUGGAACGGGAGGAAGAACUUCAAGAAGUUUCGCCGAAAGGGGGAUCCCAGCCAGUCACGGCGUCGAAUUCAGGCCGUUAUUGUUCCUCUAGAGGAGGUGGCCCGGAAAGACUUUGGCAUCGGAGAUCACUAUUGGGUGAACACGAAUCAAUCCAGUGCCAGGAGCCCUCAGGAGAGUCACCGCGAACGAACGGUCAGCCAGGUUUCGAGCGAGCCAUCGCAACAACAGUCACUGGCCCGGGGUGGAUCGGAGAAGACAACGACAGCGACGCAAAGGAGUCAAAAACGGGUUCGUGAGGAGACAGAUUCUGAUAGUGAUGAUGAGCUUCGAUUUCGGUUUCGUCGCAGGCGGUGA